AUGAAUACCCCAUACUAUCCAAGUGGUGACAAGUAUAUUGGCGAGGGAAGUGAAAGCUCGUUCACUGCUACUCCCGCUGAUGUACGCUCUGCUCUAUCAUACUCAGCCAUAAGUACAUUUACUCCUGCUACUGCCGUUAUUGGAGAACUACCCUCGGUAUCGAUCGCGUAUCUUGAACAUUCGACAUGUAAUAUAUAUGACCCACAGUAUGCAAAUAUAGCCGCAUUAUUUGACACUUCUACAUCACAGCAAGUUGAUCCAGAAUUACAGAGACAGUUGAAGGCUGCACAGUAUGCUUUGGAACAAAUCGAUGUUAGCUAUAUUCGAUUCAAGAAUCCUCCACGGUCGUUACACACACAACCAGCUUUUGAGUUUACGCACGAUUACCGAACAACGAUAUCACAAAGUCCUUAUAUACAGACAAUUGAUCCAAAAGCAACUAUAAUAGUUGCAAAUCAAUAUAAUCAAGAGCCUCAAUUACCAGUGUCGGGUUCAGUUAACUCUUCAUCAAUACCAAAGACAACAUUUAACGAUAAUGGAUAUGGAAGUACGUUUACACUAGCAACAAUAUCGAGUGGAACGACCGGUUCAAUUACACGCAACAACGACAACAAUCGUGCAAGUAACACUCGUACUCCGAAAAAUCUCCCUAAUAACAAUAUUAGUACCGUCAUUCAUAAAAAUUCUGUACAUGACGUUGGAGAUGGAAAUAGACGAUCAGUGUUCAUUGAUAAUCAGAAGAGAGCUAGAGAGCGAGAAGAUGAGAGAAAUGGUGAUGCCGCCCUUAACAAAUUAAUAAACUUUAUAAGCGCAAUAUUCGAAUCCGAAGACUCUUUAUCCCUUACCGACCCGCCCACCACCCUCACUUCUCCCACGUUUACACACGAAAAUCACUUUUUUCUUCCAUCAUCUCUCUCCUCUCAAGAGCCACUUUUAACCACAGAAAUAACCCACAAACUCAUCAAACUCAUAAACAAAGCCAGAAAGUACCAUCCAUUGGAAGACGUAGAAGUAGAAGACUUGUCUCGAGUAUUAAAGAUAUUAGAGAGAGCUAUCAGAGAAGUAGAGGCAUUGGAUGUGUUUAAGAAUAGAGUAGAGGAUCGGAUCGAAAAGAUUAUGAAUGGAAUUGAGGCGGCUAUUGCUGCAUUUACUAUUAUGACUGGUGGCAAGUUGAGCAAGCAGUUGUAUCCUGAGGACUUGAUUGUAUCUUGUGUAAAUCUUGUUAGAAAUCAACUGACUGGCGUGAUAUACAGAGUGUUGGAAAUGAGUGCCAAUACAGAUGAACUAAGCAACGAAUCUGAUGCAGGACUAAGAGAAUAUUUAGGACAAUAUCCUUUACAUUCUGUUCCAUGUCUGCGUCAAAUAUCAGCCAUGCUACCAACCCUUACGAAUUUCCUUCAGCGCCUCUACGAUCUAAUGCAACAGGAAGAGCUUUCUGACAGUGUAGUAAUAACUGUUAGCUUUAUAGCCGUCGGACCGUUUUUCGUAGAUUCAGGAAGCAACAAUACAAACUCUUUCUUUGGCAACAGUGGAUUGGAAGGUGUAAAGCUUGUAGCAUUAGGACUAUUGAGAUCCGUGUUUACUAAUCAUCACAAGCAGAGGACGUGGAUAUUAGAAGAAAUUUUGACCUCUUUGAUCAAGUUGCCUACUGCAAAGAGAAAUUUGAGACAGUUUAGAUUGCCAGAUGGUAAAUCUAUUCAGAUGGUAUCUGCUCUCAUUCUCCAAUUGGUUCAGAGCUGCACUGCUGGACUCGGGGAGCAUAAACAAAGAUCAGUUGGAGAGGAUGGUGAAGGAGUGCUACUAUCUGAGAUUGACAGAACAUCAAAUGACUUUAAAAAGAUCUCACGUUCCUGGAAGUCUGGAAUCGAUGCUGCAAGCGCCAAUGCAGGAUAUGUCUUUAAAUUUCUCCUAUCUAGAUGUACUAAAUCAAUAAAAAACUCCAACGAAUCUGAAUACAGACUGCUGCUCGAUAAUUUCAUGGAGGAUGUAAUAACUGUCCUUAAUUAUCCCGAGUGGCCAGCUGCUGAAAUGUUUGUGAGAAUAUUCAGCAAGAUAAUGGUUGGAUAUAUUGACGACAAGAAGGCGGAUACAUAUACAAAAUCAAUGGCGAUAGACCAUCUAGGAAUGAUAGCAGGAAGAAUUAAAAAAUAUGCCAACAACGGGUUGUCUUCUUCUGAAGGAAUGCAAGAAGAUAAUGUGGAUGAGAGAGAUAUUAGUUGGAUAGAUAGAAUAAAAGACAUUCCUAAAGGAGAGAUAACUAAUGUUACUAGUGUAGCUGCCGUAAAGAAUCUAUGGAAAUGUCAAAAAACUGUACUGACAUAUUUGGAGAUUGGUGCUUUGGAAGAUCCUGGGUUACAGUCUGCUAGACAAUUUUACAUAUCAGAAUGGGGGUAUUCUUUAUUGAGUACGCUCUUGUCAAUCGAUGAUCAAUCGAUCGUAAAAGACUUCUGGCACAUCUCUGUAAACGAACGAGAUAAUAAACAGUUAAUCGGGCAUAGAUCGCAAGAAUUAGAUCGAUCGGAUGUUCUACUAGUCACUGAGCUUCUAGCAACAAGACAAUCACUAUAUCAGAGCUUUGAUUCGAUACUUUCGCGAAUUCUGGUGUCUUUGGAUAUGGGCGUAGUUGCGUUCAGGACAAAAGCACUACGAGCAUUAGGGCAAGUAGUUAUCUGUGAUCCUAGUAUACUAAGUCAGGUUAAUGUUCGUCAAACUAUAGCUCAGAGGCUACAAGACAGUUCACCAGCUGUACGAGACGCAGCCAUCGAUCUUGUUGGUAGAUACAUUGCACAAAAGCCAGAAAUUACCGAACAAUAUUACAAAGUGAUAAGCGACCGGAUUUUGGAUGUCGGCCUAAGUGUCCGUAAAAGAGUAAUAAAACUGCUCCGCGACAUUUAUCUCAAAUGCACCAAUCACUCAAUGAUGGUCGAUAUAGGAUGCAAAAUACUUCUCCGAAUUAACGAUGACGAUCACCAUGUCAAAGACUUGGCGCUGAAAACCAUACAGGAGCUUUGGUUUGCCCCAUUUAAACAUCAGAGAUCAAUAAACAUUGAAACAGAUGACAUAGCAGAGGAUGACGACGUACCUAAUGAAUUUGCUAAUAUGUCUAUUGCUGGUAAGAAAGAAGUGCUCAGCAGAAGUCUUUUGAUCGUUGGUGUUGCUGGAAAGUUAGGUGAACGCAACGGAGCCAUACUUGGGGGACUGUUCAAGAAGAUACUUGACAAAGAAGGAAAGCAGAAACGAGAAAUACUAAAUAUCUGUCAAUGCAUGGUCGAUUGUCUUUUUGAGCAUCUUUUGACAUUACAAGACGCCAACUCAAAGACUGAAGUCGUGGGGUGCAUAAGUACAAUAUGUCUUUUGAGCACUGCUUCUCCGAUCCUCGUUCGCCGUCAUGUGGUAACUCUCCAACCGUAUCUAAAGAGCGCUAGUACGCCAGAAGAUCAAUUGAUUCUGUACUAUGUCCUAAUGAUAUACAGAAGUGUCCUCCCAUUGCUAAAGCUAGCCAGCCAAAAGUUUUUGAGCGAUGUUGAAGAUGCAUUGGUCAAUUUAUUGACUAAAAGUUCGCAAAAGAUUCUACAAGAAGCCGUUCCUUGUCUCUGUCUGAUAGUCGACAAGUUGACCUUCAAAUAUUAUUUAUUGACAAAACUACUUCGAUCAUGUGUUGAAAAGUUGAGACUGGAACGAAAACGAUUAGACAGCGCUCAAAAUUUAUCAUCCGUUGCCCACGUUAAAUUACUACUCUUAAUCAUCGGGCUGCUUUGCAGAAACUUUGACUUUGACAAAAAACGACAAGAGAAACCAGAUAAAUUAAAGGAUCUUCUUUUUAUCGAUAAGGGCCCCGUAACUCCGAUAGUUUUCGAGCUAGUGUUAUCCUUUUGCAAGGAAACACUUUCCGAAGCAGUUCAAAAGGUAGCACUUCACAGCCUCGGUUCUAUUUACCUGUCUAACCCUAUUAUUAUGCUCCGACCGGAGAGUACUGGCCUGAUGGACAGGAUAUUGCGUGGUGACGUCAUGGAUAUGAAAAUUCAGCUGAUGAAGGUGUUUCUGGACUUUUUGGUUGGCGAACAGCAAAAGAUUAAUUCUGACCUUGAAGAGAAAAAAAAGAAAAAAAAUACGCCCGUGGAUCUGAAAGUGUUAAUAGGAAAUGCCGACGAAUUUGCUGAGGCUGGUGUCAGCAGCUCUCUAAUGCAACGAUACCUCGAGAGCAUACUCGAGUGCACGUUUGAUCACAAUCAAAAUUUGAAAAUUGUUGCGCUGGAUGUACUUGGCAAUAUUAUUCAACAAGGGCUCGCUCAUCCCGUUCUUUGUAUGCCGACGAUAGUCGCCCUGGAGACAAGUCCUGAAAGUGUGUUCCGUGAUAAAGCCUUCAAACUACAUCAACAUCUCAAUGAAAAACAUGCCUCAUUGAUACAUACACGGAAUGUUGAUUGUGUUAAGAAAGCGUAUGCUUUUCAAAAGCAAUUGAUAGAUGAUAAGCCUGUAGUUGGUUACGCUACGCGUUCUCAAGAAGGUCAGCCCGAAGCACUGUUGAAUCUGAUGUACUGUCUACUGCGCGAGAAACGACAACGUCGCAAUGAUUUUCUUAGCUCGGUCGUCAAAAUAUUCGACUUUGACUUGAAAAAGUGUGACGAAUGCAAGGUCGAUAUUGGUUUUUGCAAGUUUGUGGCAGAGAAUCUCGCGACGAUCGAUUAUAAGACGAACGAAGAAGUACUGCACGUGAUAUACUGGAUCAACAGAAUACUCUCGGUAGUAGCAAUAAGCGUAUUGCACUCGAUCCAAGCCCAUGAAAAGACGCUUAUGGUUGCAGACAAAGCUGAAGCUGUUGUUGAUACAGAAACAACGAACGUGCCCGGGCCAAUUCUAGAAACAUUACCACAAAAUGGAAAUUUUUCAGAAAUUGGAAACACUGCUGUCAUAACCAACAACAUGGAUGGGGCAAUGAGUAGUAACAACAUCGUGAGCAUGGACAAUCACGUGGACAUUAAUGCGACGAGCAAUAAUAUGAACAACAGCAUACAAUUUGUUUUUGAUGGCAAUAUGGGAGGAUUGGGCAUCAAUACUGACAGAGAUUUGUUACUUCCACGUGCCACGGUCGAAACAAUGCAUGUCGGUAAUGAUCUUAAUACAGCGACCAAGAGUUAUAUCAAUGAUCACAAGGACUUUCAACCUAAUGAGAUGAAAGCAGAAGAAAUAAAGCGCGAAGAGGAUGGAGAACAAAAGCAUAAUGCUGAUGUUUCAGUAGCAAAACAAGAAAUAGAGGCUAUAUUACCCUUGCCAUUUGCAGCCAGGGUCUCAGUAUGCAUGGCCAUUUUGAUGUAUCUUAAAGAACAUCUGAAGAGGGCGUAUUCUCUAAGUGAAAUUAAAUGCCAAAACUUUAAUCCGGCAACUAGUAGUAAUCACAAGGACAAGCCAGCUAUUCGUCAUCAGAAUGCGGCGUCAAUGUUAUCAUGGAAACAGCUGCCAUUUGUUGAUAAGCCCAUGGACACCAAAGAGGCUAUACAGCAACAAUGUGAAUCUGUAAGUAGAAUUGGUUGGGAUGAUAUGUGA